AUGGCAGAUUUUGAUUCAUUUAUUCAAAUGUUUUGUGAAAAAUAUUUGUCAAUGAUGUCACCAACAACAAUUGAUAUUGAUUCCAAAAAAACAAUGAUUCAAUCAGGCUUUUUAGAUGACUUAGUCAAGAACCCGGAAAAAUUUGAUGGUGGAAAACGAAAUGUUAGAGCACGGCUGAAUGAUUUAGAAAAUAAAAUGGAAGCAAAUUCAUGCCCAGAUGACUUGAAACUGAAAUAUGUUUCAACGUUCUUGGAUGAAGUUGGUCAGUCUAUGGAAGAAACAUUGAAAGUUAAUUAUUUAAUGUUAAAUAUGAAGAAUUCAUUGAAAUAUAAAAUAUAUAAGAAGCAACCAAAAACAACAGCACAAUUUAUUGAAAUUGCCAAGAGAUUUGAAGAUUUACAAAAAUUAAAAGAGAACGAUCAACGAAGAAAUAGUUAUUUAACAGAAACUGAAACAAUAACAACACUACCUGUUCGUCUUAUUAAUUCUGUCGCUAUGAUUUAUCGCUAUGAAGAAUAUUCAGUUAAUGCAUCAGUUGGAAUCUCAAAUGUAACUGUGAUUUUCAAACCAUCAUUCAGUUUAAAACCACUGUUAAUGGCUAAUUCCUUAAUCAACGUACAUCAUCAUACAAUCACAAUCCCUUUGUUCAACUCAUCACCAUAUCCACAAUAUCGAUCAAAAGGAAUUAUUUUGGGAACUAUUCGGAUAUCAACAGAUGAUCUGGAUUUUUCUACAAUACCAGCAGUCAAUCACAUUGAACAACGUCCAGAAAAUUUAACAAUAGAGGAAAAUAUCGAUCGCCCCAUUAAACAUAUCCAGGAAAAGAGUCACAUUCAAUGUUAA